UUAUUCGCAGCAUCGCGUUGCCCACUCGUCGACCGCGGCCGCCGAGGAAUAAAUUUCUCCUUCUAAAGUCCUCCUCACACGAUUGUCCUCAGUGCAAACGAACGAUAAUCGUGCACGAAAUGGAUGAACUAUCCAGAUAUUACCAGCACCUAUACCAUACCUAACCUGCUACCACCGUGGCCGUGGUGCGAUUGUCAUAAACACCAUCUACCUACCGCGUUAUUUUUGUUUUUUUUUGUUUAGUUUUAGUUUAAGUUUUCUCUAGAGUACCUAUUAAACAAUUUAAUUGUUUCAAUUUAAAGUAUAAACAAUACAUUGUAGUGGUUCAAAUCGUGCAAAUAUGAAUUCUUGGACGGGUACUGCUAAAAGUAUAAUUUUGUUCCUGACGUUGUCCAUGUGCCUUUUCGCCGUUCGGAGUCAAACAGCCGUCCCUAGAACUGGCCAUAAGAUAAACGAACCACAAGGUGGUGAUUUAGUGAGGCAGAAUAGCAUUACGCAGCAAAUACUGGCGCAGUACCUGCAAAAGCGUCUGAACAGGGCGGGCGGGAGUGUGCAUCAAAUCGGUCAACCACAGUUGUUAUUGCCGACCGGUGGAAACGAUUUGACGGGCAGUGUCGUCGGUAUAAAUAAUAACGGUAUUCAGAGAAAUGUCGCCGAAAAUCUUUACGACGGACGGGACGUCGACGAUGACGAGUCCAUCGAAGAUGCGCGAUAUUACCAAGGUGAAUGCAAUAACAAUAAUUGUGUUGAAGAUAGCGCUUCCGUUAUAAAUAAGUGGUCACUGCCACUUUUACGUUCGGGAGACAAAAAAUUAUACUUGGGAAUAUUUUUCAAGGCGAAUUGGUACAAAUCCGCUCAAUAUUGUAGAUAUCAUGGAAUGCAUUUGGCUAGCAUUAGUAGCCAAGAAGAGAAUGACAAAUUGGAAAAAUACAUUAAAGAUAAUGGCUUAGGUCAUGAACACUUUUGGACCUCUGGUACAGAUCAAGCUGAAGAAGGAUCAUUCUUUUGGUUAGCCAAUGGCCGGCCGAUUGGGUUUACUAACUGGAAUGCCGGGGAACCAAACAAUUUCAAGUAUGAGAAUGGCGAAGAAGAACAUUGCUUAGAGUUAUGGAAUCGAGAUGGCAAAGGUCUAAAAUGGAAUGAUUCUCCAUGCUCGUUUGAAACCUUCUUUGUAUGUGAAAUGUGAAGAACUAAAAAUAAAUUAGAAAUAAUUGAAUUAAUUGUACUAUGAAAAUAUUGAGCAUUACUAUAAUUUAUAUCUUUAUCACAUUAGAUUUAAUUUGUAAAUAAUUGCAUUAGACAAAUCUCUCAAUUUAGAUUUAAUUAUUUAAAUAAAAAAAAGUUUCUAAACUGAUUAUAAUGUAUUAUGUAUUUUUAAUAGUAAGUUAUAUGUUAAGUAAAUACUAAGAUAAAAACUUUAAAAUAUAAACAUAAUUAGGUUUACGUUUAUAUGAUAGCAUAACUAUAAAAUUUUAUAAGAUAAUAAAUAAGACG